AUGUCCAACUGCCUGCAGCAGCACCGCCACCGCGCCAGGGCAGCACAGGUCGUGGACCGGGGUCGCUGUCUCGUUGCUCUGCUCUCGGAGAGCUCGUCUCGCAACCGCCGGCUAGGCAUGGUCAACGAGCUGCUCGACUGCUGCGUGAAGAUCACGGACGCGCUGCGCGUGAACCUCGUGACGGUCAACGACAGCUCCAACACCUUUGGCGAUACGCAGCUCACCGUGGACGUGAUCGCGGACGACCUCCUCUGGGACCUGGCCAAGACGAGCAAGCUGGUGCACGAGGCGUCCUCGGAGGAGGAGCCCGAGAUCGUGAAGACCAACCCCGACGGGCAG